GUUCUCUAUUGGGGGAUGGUGGGGGGUUUGUAGAGACAAAACGACGUCUCGGAGAUUGAAAUUACAGAUCGUGUCUCUGCAUCUUCUUCUUUUAAUCCGAUUUCAGACAACCUUUUUACUCGGACAGAAGAUUUUCAUUUUUUUUUCUUCAGUCUUUUUCUCCCUCUAAGUGUUAAAACUCUGCACCAGAGGUGAAACGUCGCACACGUGGAUAUCUGUCUCUGCCAUCAAGUAAUAGUACAUAAACCGAUAUGGCUGAUACCAGUUCAAGGACUGAUGCCUCAACUGAUGGCGACACAGAUCCUAGAGAUCUGGGGUCUGAGAGAGGGCAAAUGAUGCUUGCUGGUGCUUCUGAUUCCAGUGACCGAUCAAAAGAUAAGUUGGAUCAAAAGACCCUUCGUAGGCUCGCUCAAAAUCGAGAAGCAGCAAGGAAAAGUAGACUGAGGAAGAAGGCGUAUGUUCAGCAGCUGGAGAACAGCCGAUUGAAGCUGACUCAACUUGAGCAGGAGCUGCAAAGAGCAAGACAGCAGGGAGUUUUCAUCUCAAGCUCUGGAGACCAAGCGCAUUCUACUGGUGGAAAUGGGGCUUUGGCAUUUGAUGCCGAACAUUCACGAUGGCUUGAAGAAAAGAACAGGCAAAUGAACGAGCUGAGAUCUGCUCUGAAUGCUCACGCUGGUGAUGCCGAGCUCCGGAUAAUUGUGGAAGGAGUGAUGGCUCACUAUGAGGAGCUUUUCAGGAUUAAGAGCAAUGCAGCUAAGAACGAUGUCUUCCAUCUACUAUCUGGAAUGUGGAAAACGCCAGCUGAGAGAUGUUUCUUGUGGCUUGGCGGGUUCCGCUCAUCCGAACUUCUCAAGCUUCUUGCGAAUCAGCUGGAGCCAAUGACAGAGCGACAGGUGCUGGGCAUUAACAGCUUGCAGCAGACGUCCCAGCAGGCAGAAGAUGCGUUAUCUCAAGGGAUGGAGAGUUUACAGCAAUCCUUAGCUGAGACUUUAUCUAGUGGAACACUUGGUUCAAGUUCGUCUGAUAAUGUUGCGAGCUACAUGGGUCAGAUGGCCAUGGCAAUGGGGCAACUAGGCACCCUCGAAGGCUUUAUCCGCCAGGGCAUUUCUUGGUGACAGGCUGAUAACUUGAGGCUGCAAACACUACAACAGAUGAUUAGAGUGUUGACAACGCGUCAGUCAGCCCGUGCUCUUCUUGCCAUGCAUGAUUAUUCGUCUCGACUACGUGCUCUUAGUUCCUUGUGGCUUGCCAGGCCAAGAGAGUGAAACACAAGAAUAUUGCGUUUGCUCAGCUCUAUUACAUAAUCGUACGGUAGGGACACUCCUUCCAAGAGAGAUAGAGAGAUCACAAAGCAAGACCUUCUCAGAUUCUUAUCAAAAGCAAUAUUUUGAGGAAAGAAGACUGCAGAUAUUGAAACUGGUUUCCUGAGAUCCCCAAAGACAUAGAUUGUUGUUGUGUGUUGUAAUAUUUAGCCAAUCAGGUUGUGUAAUUUCUAGAGUGCGAGUGAAUAGUCUUUGAAUAUUGAGAGCUUAUAGAGAUCAUCAGUGUACGAUCUUAGCAACCAACAUGACACAAGGUGGGAUACUUUGAUGAACUUGAAUUGUAUGAUGAUCAUAAUAAGUCAAAGAAACAUUCAGUUUACU